AUGAAAAAGUUUACAAUUCUAUCUAUCUUUUUAUUGGGUCUUCAUGUAAGUUAUUCCCUUGACAAUGGGUUAGCUCUAACACCUCCAAUGGGUUGGUUAAGUUGGCAAAGGUUUAGGUGUUUAACUGACUGUCAAAAAUUUCCUGAUGAGUGUAUAAGUGAGCAAUUAUUCAAAAGAAUCGCUGAUAGAAUAGCGAAAGAUGGUUACCUAGAGGCAGGCUACCAAUACAUUAUUAUUGACGAUUGUUGGUCAAAUAUGUCUAGAAGUAGCGAUAAUAGGCUACAAGCGGAUUCUAAUAGGUUUCCUAAUGGAAUCAAGGAUUUAGCAGAUUAUGUUCACAAUUUAGGUCUAAAACUUGGUAUUUAUGGAGACUAUGGAACGGAAACUUGCGGAGGCUAUCCAGGAAGUAUAAAUUAUUUGGAAUUGGACGCUCAAACUUUCUCAGAAUGGGGUGUUGAUUAUCUCAAGUUGGACGGGUGUUAUGCUGCUCUACACGGAAUGGAAGAAGGAUAUGCCAAAAUGUCCCAAUUUCUAAACGCCACAGGCAGACCGAUAAUGUUUUCGUGCAGUUUUCCAGCUUACAAAGGCUUAGAGGCAAAUUAUUCAAUGGCCGUGCAACACUGCAACUUAUGGAGGAACUAUGGAGACAUCGACGACCAAUGGGACGACGUCAAGGAUAUUGCCGGAUGGUUUUCUGAUAAUCAAGAUUUUCUGAGAAAAUUUGCUGGACCUGGACAUUGGAACGAUCCAGAUAUGUUGAUUAUCGGAAAUUUUGGUCUAAGUUUGGAACAAAGCAAAAGCCAAAUGACUAUCUGGUCGAUACUUGCAGCCCCUCUAAUAAUGUCUGUCGACUUGGACACAAUCAGGCCAGAGUUUAGGAAUAUUUUAUUGAACAAGCAUGCCAUAAGAAUCAAUCAGGAUCCUUUAGGGAUUCAAGGGGAAUUAGUGUCAAAUACGAGCAGUAUACAGGUUUGGAAGAAACCCUUACAAUCCACCAAAGAGUCUAGGCAAAGAAUCGCUUUGGGAAUUGUCAGUUUCAGAUGUGACGGUUAUUAUUAUCCACAAGAUAUUUUGUUGGCUGAAUUUUUUAAUGAAGAUUGUAAUACUUUUUCGAUAAUUGAUGUUUUUGGAGACAAUAAUCUUGCAGCUGAAAGACUGUACGAAAAAUCUGAAAAUCUAACUGUCCGGGUACCACCUACAGGCGCAGUUUUACUCCUAAUAUCAGCUGUAUAA